AUGGGCCUCAACAAUUCCACCCCUCAUCACCACCUUUAUCUCCAGCAACAACCAGCACCACCACCAGCACCGCCGCCGCGAUCUUGCUCUUCCUACGACGACUCGUGGGAAGAGCAGGCGUUCGCGGAGGACGCAUCAGGAGCCCUGGGAGGCUGCAUAUGGCCUCCCAGGUCCUACUCCUGCACCUUCUGCCGCCGCGAAUUCAGGUCCGCGCAGGCCCUGGGAGGCCACAUGAACGUCCACAGGAGGGACCGGGCCAGGCUCAAACAGUCCUCGAUUUCUCCAACCGCUCCCGCCGAUUCUCCCCUUCAACAGCAUGUUCCGCCGCCAUCCUCGUCGCCGCCGUCGGCUGGCUACCAAUUUCAGCUGAAUCCCUGUCGGCAAAUUCAUGCUCCUUGUGCGAGCAAUAGCCCUAACCCUAGCCCCGAUCCACCACCUUCUUCACCGCCAGCUAGGGUUUCCGCCGACAGCAGCAACAGUUGCUCCGAGAAGUCCUUUUUCCCUUCCGCAGCGGAGCAAGAACAGAUAAACCGAAAGAGGAGGAGAAUUGAGGAGACGGAGGAGAAGGAGGAGGAUGUGGCGAGAUUGAAGAGGAGGAGGAGAAUUGAGGAGAACACGACGUCGUCGUCGUCGUGGUCGGGUCCGCCAUUCAUGUUAAGGCCUGGGUUGAAUUCGAUGUCGCGACAUCGUGAAGAUCAAAUGGUUGUUGACAUGAUGAAGAGCAGUACGAAUCCUGCUCCUCCAGGUGGGAGUUGGUGUUUGAGAGAGGAGUUGGAUCUGGAGCUCCGCCUUGGGGAUCGCCCGCCUAAGGUGAAGAGUAUCUAA